UGAAUUCGUCAGACACGAGGUCAUCCUGUCUGUGUGGGCGCACAGCCGGAGAAAGUGCAGAGGGGGCUGUGAACUGUAGGGUGGCAGGUUCAAGGACGACAACAACAGACGACGGCACUUGCUAGGUGAACAGAGAUGUUAACCGCAGGAGGCGUUUUUCACGGUUUAUAGUGUUUGUGGGGUCUGAAGGAGAGGGGAUGGAUGUCAGCAUGGCACUCUGGGGCCAGGAUGGUGUUUUGCUGGCCAACAGUGCAGAUCGCCUGAAGCAUCCCUGUGAAGAGCAGGAUCGGAGCUCCAGCCCUUCUGUCCUACGGUCUGUGACAAACACAUGGAAGGAUGGUCUACUGAACAGGAAACGCCCAUUUGUCGGGAGGUGCUGUCACUCUUGCACACCACAGAGUCAGGAGCGGCUUUUCAACUCUAGCAUCCCGUCGUUAGGUCUCCGCAAUGUGAUUUACAUCAAUGAGACACACACAAGACAUAGAGGCUGGCUGGCACGGAGGCUCAGUUACAUUCUCUUUGUCCUAGAGAGAGAUGUCCGCAAGGACAUGUUCGCUCGCAACAUGGUGGACAAUGUCCUCAACAGUAGCAAAGUGCAGUGUGCUAUAGAGGAGGUGGUGUCAGAGGCUCGUGCUGAAGACCAGGAGGCUGGAACACACCAGAAGGCUGUCAGUAAAGUGACACGAAAGGCCAGAAGCUUGCUACAGGAAAUGGUGGCAAAUAUCUCCCCUAGCCUCAUCAGGUUGACAGGAUGGACGUUGUUGAAACUGUUUAAUGGUUUCUUCUGGAGCAUUCAGAUCCAUAAAGGACAGUUGGAGAUGGUGAAGAAAGCUGCCACGGAGCACAAUGCUCCACUGGUCUUCCUCCCUGUACAUAAGUCUCACAUCGACUAUCUUCUCAUCACCUUCAUCCUCUUCUGUCACAACAUCAAAGCCCCACACAUCGCUGCUGGCAACAACCUCAACAUCCCCAUCUUCAGCACACUGAUACGUAAACUGGGAGGAUUCUUCAUUCGCCGUAAGCUGGAUGAGGCACCCGAUGGAAAGAAAGAUGUCCUGUACAGAUCUCUGUUACAUUCGUACACAGAAGAGUUGUUGCGGCAGCAGCAGUUUUUGGAGGUUUAUCUGGAGGGCACGCGUUCACGCAGUGGGAAGCCAUCUCCAGCAAGGGCAGGCAUGCUCUCCAUUGUGGUGGAUGUAAUGUGCGCAGGCAGCAUCCCAGAUGUGCUCAUCGUCCCUGUAGGCAUCUCCUAUGACCGCAUCAUUGAGGGCAAUUACAACAGUGAGCAGCUGGGUAAGCCUAAGAAGAACGAGAGCCUGUGGGGUGUUGCCUGUGGUGUGUUCAGAAUGCUGCGGAAGAAUUAUGGCUGUGUGCGAGUGGACUUCACUCAGCCUUUCUCCCUCAAGGAGUACUUGGACACACAGCGCUGUCGGCAUCUCCCAGCUCCUCUCACACUGGAGCAGAUCCUCAUCCCAACCAUCAUCGCAGCAAGGCCAGAUCAGGCACUGUUUAACGGAGAGGAAGAGGAGCACCCAGAUUCCAGAGAGAUGUCCGAUGAGCCCUGGAGGAGGCAGGUUAUCUCUAACCUGGCCAAGCAUGUUCUCUUCACUGCAAGCAAGUCCUCAGCAAUCAUGUCUACUCACAUUGUGGCCUGCCUCCUGCUGUACAAACACAGACAGGGUGUGUUGCUGUCUAAGCUGGUGGAGGACUUCUUCAACAUGAAGGAGGAGAUCCUGUCACGGGACUUUGACCUGGGUUUCUCAGGGAACUCGGAGGAUGUGGUGAUGCAUGCGCUCAACCUCCUGGGCAACUGUGUGAAUGUGACGAGCACUAACAGAAACACUGAGUUCAUUAUCACUCCCAAAAACACAGUACCUGCACUCUUCGAGCUCAACUUCUACAGCAAUGGCCUUUUCCAUGUCUUCAUUGCCGACGCCAUCAUAGCGUGUUGCACUCUGGCCUUGCUAAGGGAGCAGACUGCAGAGACAUGUGAGGGUGAACUCGGCUCCUCCUCCAAUCUGCUCAGCCAGGAGAGACUCAUCCUCAGAGCAGCAGGCCUCUCCCACUUCCUUUCCAAUGAAGUGCUUGUUGCCAUACCAUGUCAGACAGUCUACCAGGUUUUCCAGGAUGCUGUGACCAGACUGAUCCAGUAUGGAGUGCUGAUUGUGGCUGAAGAGGACCAGGAGGAGCUGAGCCCUUCAGAGGAGCCAUGGCCUAAGAAAUUCCCUGAGCCCUUGUCCUGGAGAAGCGAUGAAGAGGAUGAGGACAGUGACUUUGGAGAGGAGCAGAGGGACCGCUAUCUGAAGGUGAGCUCAUCACCUGAGCACCAGGAGUUCUUCACCUUUCUGCAGCGAGUGCUCAGCCCUGUGAUGGAGGCUUACAGUGGGGCGGCUAUCUUUGUGCACAGCCUACUCUCACCCAUGGCAGAGAGAGAGUACACUCAGAAGCUCUUCAGAUACCUGCUCACGCGCACAGAGAAAGGAGUGGCAGCCUAUGGAGAAAGUGCUACACACUACCUCGUUAAAAAUACAGUGAAAACAUUUAAAGAGCUGGGGGUGCUGAAGGAGCGCUAUGAGGAUGGGGUGUGUCGCCUUGAGCUGAGUGCAACGUUCCAACCUCAGGCCAACAGGAACAAGCUCCUGCAGUACAUCCUAGGCUUCAGCCUGCUGUGAGCCCGUGGUAGGGCCAUCAUACAAUUCCCUCCCCUCUGUCUCACUCAAGGGCUUCUCCUGGCUACUCACAGCAGUCAAAGGUGCUACUCUAUGGAAAGCUUUACCUAGAAGUGCCUUCAGCAAAACAACUAGGUCUGGACUGAGCCGCCUUGCCCUUCAUUUUUUCCCCCACACAUGCUAGAGUAAGAAUAUACAGCCAGCGCCCUGAUUCCAACUGUAUUGCAAGAGACCUCCAUUCAGACAGCUGAUAUGUAUUCUUCAUGUUGUCUGAUUUGUUUGUCUUUUGCCUUAAGUUUUAGUUUGCCUUUUUUAAUUGUUACAUUCUCAUGGCUCUGCUUAGUUUCUGUUUAAGCUUGGAUGAGUACAUGAAUGUGACUAAUUAUGCAUACAGGUUGCCUUCAGUUUAAACCAGUCUAAACCAGUAUAUUGUACGGAAGACAGCUGGUGUAGGAAAUCACAUCAUGGCAUUUAUAAGGGCAUUUAAUUCUCCAGCGGUGUUGGAGAGAAUGUGUGUAGAAACGUGUAUCUGAAACCUUUGUCAUGUAAUUGUACUAGAUGUAAAGAACUAUUAACUCAAAAAAGAGCCUCAACUAUUACCUUGUUCUAUAACAGCAGUAGCAGAAUGUACAGAGAAAUGGCCAGAGGACAGUUUGCACCUAAUCAUGGACUACAUUGCUGAAAUUGUGGGGAUUUCCUCAUUUUUAUUCUAAUUUAGCAUUCUGUGUCACAAAAGCGAGACGCAAGACUUUUGUAAAUGGAAUACAGUGGUUAUAAUUCAGGAAUUGAUGCAUGUUUGUUGAAUAGGUAAAAAAGGUCAGUUUUAUUAUCCCUUAGUGAAGCUCUUUACAGGUAUUUUUUUUAAGUAGUUCUAUUAAGAAAGCUGUGUGUUGUGGGAUAAUUUACACCUCAGACAUUGGACUGUGGUGACUGAAAGCAUGCCAUUACUGUAAAACAAUGCAUGCAAACUUUUCUUUUAGGAACUUAUCAGUUCUCUGGCUGAUUUUUGAACAUACCAUUAUAAUGUACCACUGUAGUUGGGUAAUGUUACCACAUGGAAAUAUUUCUGAGAGCAAAAAUAUGGUAUCUUGGGAUCCUUUUUGCAAUUUACAUUUUUCUUUUUUUUGGGGGGGGCCAAAGCUCUCUGUAUGCAUUAGAGUGCAAUUAAGGCACAGAUUCCCAGAGUACGAUAUUUAUGCUUUAUACCCGGCACAGAAAGACAAAACACCAAUACUGAAUAACUUCUUGAUUAAACAAUUAAGCUAACUGCUAAAUGCAUGUUGCACACCAUCUGUUUAGUGUAAGCCUUUACCUGUGAAAAUACAUUUUUAUUGAAUUUACAGUGGAGCUUGAAGUGUAUAAAAAUGCUAAAACAUAGGAAAUAUGUUUUUGCUGCUUGUUCUAUUUUAGUAUGUGUAGUUUUGAUGUCUUGUGUAAUUUGGGUUUUAAUUUACUGUGACAGACUUUUUUCUGGACCUCCACAUACAAUAGACUAGGCCUGUACCUGAUGACUGAUAACAGGGUUAUGGCAGUAACAGCCUCCAGUGAUGGUAAAAACAUUACUGCCAGUUCUUUUCGUUCGUGCUAGAUUAAUGAUGUUUUCAUUCCCAUUUUAAAGAUAACAGCAUACUAAAAAAACCCAGGGAUGAACAAAUGGUGAUUUUAAAUUUUUUGUGCUAAAACUAGCACACCAGAUUCUGUAGGCGUGACGUUUGAACACUGAAUGUGCCAGGCUCCCAGUUCAUGGGCUCAAAAUUACUAAAAGAGAAAGUGUGUAAAACAAAGUUAAAAAAAAAAAAACAGCCUGUGAAAGUUCCCCCCUGCUCUUUAAUGCCCCACCAAGUCCCA